AUGUUUUCCUCCUCCAUGCGAAGCUUUCCCUCACAAACCGAGCCAGAAACCCGUGUGGAAACAGAAACCGACCAAGAAAUCUACCGGCGUUUCGCCAACUCGGUCGUCUCCUUGCCGAGAUCAGACGGCUUGUCCCACCUCCAACUCUAUCGUCACCACCAAGGGUGGCACGGCAGCCAGAUGUGCAUAGCCGGCACCAUGGCCGCGGACGCGUGCUUCACGGCGCGGCCUUCGGACAUCGUCGUCGCCACCCUGCCCAAGUCCGGCACGACGUGGAUCAAGUCUCUCCUGUUCGCCACCGUGCACCGCAGAGAACAUCCCGCGGACGCCACUGACGUCCACCCUUUCAGCUCCUUCGGCCCCCACGAGUGCAUCAAGUUCCUGGAGUACCAAGUCUACACCGGCAAGACGAUUCUUCCAGACGACGUCGACGAGCUCCCGGAUCCAAGGCUCUUCGCCACGCACGUCCCGUCGGUGGCGCUGCCCGCGGCCGUCGUUGCGUCGGGAUGCAAAGUCGUGUACAUGUGCCGCGACCCCAAGGACACCAUGGUCUCGCUCUGGCACUUCGUGAACAAGCUCAGGGUCAAGGAAGGGCUCGAGCCUCUCUCGGUGGAGAUCGCCGCCGAGUUGUUCUGCGACGGCUUGUCGGCGUUCGGGCCCUACUGGGACCACGUGCUCGGAUACUGGCGCGCUCACUUGGCGCACCCCGAGCAGGUGCUCUUUUUAAGGUACGAGGAGGUGUGGAAGGAUCCUCCGGCGCAUGUCCGGAGGCUCGCCACGUUCGUCGGCCUCCCGUUCGACGUUGAUGAGGAGGAGAAUGGCGUGGUGGACGCCAUCGUGAAACUAUGCUCGUUCGAGCAUAUGGGCGGGCUGGAGGUGACCAAAAGCGGUAAGACGGAGUUUGUGGUUGGCGCGGUGGAGAACAGCUCGUUCUUCCGGCGCGGCGGGGUCGGGGACUGGGCGAACUAUCUGUCGCCGGAGUCAGCGCGGCGCAUCGACGCUAUUACCAAGACCAAGUUCAAGGGUACAGGCCUCAAUUUCUAA